GUGCUUAGAGCUUGUAGUUGCUUGCUUGAAUAUUAUAUUGAUAUUUCGCAGAGUUCAAUUCUUAAAAUUUAUUUUACUUUAUAUCUUGUGUUACAUUGCGUGAGUAAAUAAAGAAAGAAGGAAGAACAAGUGCAGUCAUAAUGAUUGUAUUGAAGAAAUUUGCUACAUUAUUUUUAUCUGUCUUUGUUAUCUUACCGAUUCUCCAAGCUCGCUUUUAUCAUGGAUACAGCUCUUACAGACAAUAUAGUAACAAUCUCAUUAAUGCAGUAAAAUAUCCAAUGACUAAGGAAAUUUCCGAACAAUCAGAUUACAAUCGCAAUGGCAGAGAAGAAGGAAUCAAAUAUUCGGAAGGCAACAGCAACUAUGCGGACUUGGAGAGCAAUUUUAGAUUUUCGAAUAACGACGGAUUACAAGCGCAGAAUGACGAUAGUAAUAAUAUUGAAAAAAUAAGCGUUCCAAAGGGUUGCAGUGAUCAGUUCACUUGUGAAAAUAACUCGGAAUAUCCUCAAGAGCUUGUGAACCGAAUACUUUAUAACAAUCCUCAUUUGUUCGCUUACGCAUUUGAGAAUAGCGCAAAUAUUGACUCAAGAAUAGAUAUAAAGUCAAAAAUGAAGAAUUUUUGCUCGUUUCGGAAACGUUAUUAUUCGCCACAACAAGCCAGGAAUAUACAUGGCGAAUGGAAAUGGAUCAUACAGUCGGAUGACAUGGAUUUCCACCAACGUAUAUAUACGGAAGAAUGCGUAAAUAAAAAUAAAAGUUGCAGCGAAAUUCAGGAGAAUCUUGAGGAACCCUUAAGCUAUACCACAAAAUGCGUACAGAGAUAUAUUUAUUACAACAUCCUAACUGUUAACGGCAACCAAGCAAACAUCAAUCUAUAUAAAUUUCCAUUUAUGUGUUGCUGUGACAUUGAAGAAAGAAAGUAUUAAAAAUGUAUGCAUUGAACAUUUCGUACGUACUUAAAAUAAAUAUUUUCAAGAAGCA